AUGCGCCUGCAACUCCAGAUCCUGCGACACUCGCUGCCGCCGGUCCAUAUCAUCCAUACCACAGGCACAGGACCGACCUCCCACACGAGAUCGCGAGACAGCACCAUUGCAGACCUACUGCAGGAUGUGAACGACCUGGUGCCGCUUGAGUCGUAUGACGGAGAGUGGGGACUGGAGGAUUACGUCGUGGAAGUGGCUGCAACUGCGGAUCAAGAGACGGCAUAUGAAUGCCUGCAUUUCCAGACCUGUGAAGCGGUGCUGAGAGAUGAUGAUGAGGUCCUCAUACGUGGUCUGAGUACAGAAGAUCUGAGGAUUCGACGACUGGGGGGCAGACAUCAAAUCACCGGGGACGGGAGGCACCUGGUUGAUGGGGUCACGUUUGGGAAGCAGUGGCUUAGGAAGACCGGGAGGCCUGGGAUCACGAUCCCACCGAGGAAGAGGCGGAGGCUGGAAAUCGAGGAUGCCGAAGCCGAAGCCCAUGAUGGUGCAGAGCUCCCAUGCCUUCUCCCGCCAGGACCGAGCUCUUCCAAUGGAGUUACAUUGUGGCAGGAUGUGGACGCCGAAGACGAUGAAGACGACGAAGACUUUGUUGAUGAUGGCGACGACGGCGACGACGACAAAGAAAACAAUUCACAGAUUGCUAUUAGGGAGGAAUUUGAUGAUGCUGAUGUCGAAUCAGAAGACGAGUCAGAAGCUCUCGAGGACGAAUUGGAUGAAUCCGAGAAUCUCCCUGAUGAAGUCCGUUUGCUCCUUGAAGAUGCUGCAGAGAUCGAGAAGGCCACAGACGUCCCAUCCCAAGUACAGCUCGCCAUAUCCCAACUCAAACGAAAGCGAGCGGAGGACGAUGAGGGUGAUCAAUCGGAGCAUGACUCGUUUGAGGGUUUCUCGACUCCAGCAAAGCACCCCGUUGACCUAUACUCCACUGGCUACAACAAAGACGAUGAUACGAGUGGUUCAGGUUCUGGCGAGGAUGCAGAUGGUCUGCUAGAAGAGACAGUAAUUCGAGAAGCAGGAAAACAGGCCCGUAACAUUCUGCCUGACGAAGAUGACGUUGAUGAUUCAGAUUCAGAUGCAAGCUCAGCAUCUUCGUCAUCCGAGUCUUCGGAGUCGGACAUCGACAAUACACCGAACAAGAAUUCGCACUCGAAAAUUAGGCAACCAAGAACCCAGAUCUCCUCGAGGAAAGGAGUCAAUGCUGAACUAACCGACGACACUUCGAGUUCCGGAUCAUCGUCUGAGUCUGAGAGUGAUGGUGAUAGUUUGAUGGCAAAUAUUCAAAUUGAACAAGCCAGAAAGCGCGCCUUGAACCUUGUGAAACUUCCUGGAGAAGAUCUAUCUUCUGAAUCAGGAUCAAGUUCUGAAGGGGGAGGAGAGGAAAGUGCCAGCACAAGUGGCGGUUCAUCAAGCCUUGAUUCGGACUCUAGCUCUGCUAGUAGUGAGUCAGAUUCUGAGGAUUCUUCUGAGUCAGAGUUGGAAGAAGAAGAACAGCGCAAGGUUGCGAAGAAGACAAAUGUACUCGUUCCCAAAUCUAGUUUUUCCACGCCGCCUAACCCGUUGAAAGGCAGCACAGCAAAAUUAAAGUCGCCAGGUUCUGCACCUGGCGAAGGGAGUCCAAGAACGCAUGCAAACAACAACAGGACAAAGAGGAGGAAAAGGCUUAUUUCAUUGCAGAAUCAAGGGCUUCUACCAGAAACUGCAGAUUUCAAGGCACUUGCUGAGUACGAAGAGCGGGAAAACAACAAUUCAGCAAAUAAUCCGUUCAUCACACCAGGUGCCGGUACAGAGGAAGUCAAGGCUCAGAACCUUGAGACUACGACACGAGAUGAAGAUAUGGAAGUUGAUGAGACAAUCCCUCUCAGCCAAUCAGAUCAAGCGAGUGAUAGAGUUGCGGCAGACAUAGCAACUUUACCUUCUGCAACACUGGAAUCCUCGAAAGAUGCCGCUUUACAAGGGUCCGAAGAUCCAUCCCCUAGGCGGGCCAAGCUUGAUUUAGCGAGCUCUCGCAGGAUGCUGUUUUCAGCCCUUGGUGUCAGAACUCCCAAGGACAAAGCUGCUGAAGAAGCUUUAAGGGUGAAAUUGUCUAAUUCAAUCCAACCAUUGAAGCGCGUCAAGGCCUCCGAACCGCUACUGCCGAGCAACGUGGAAGCAACUGAAGAGGCAAUAGCGCAAGACCUAAACUUCUGGAAGGACAAGUUGAUUGUGUCCGCAGUCGAGUGUGAGCGGGAUGGGGUUAAAUUACCGCCACCCCCAUUCCCAUUCCAACAAGGAUGGGCCAAAAGUGUUCUUGGAGGCAAGAAUAGAGACAAACGCCGAGCUCGGGACGAGCACCAAUACUAUCAUUCCUCGACCGACGGAGUCGCUUUUGCUGAGGAGAUUUCGACAUUGAACUACCAUGAACCUGCCCCCGUAGAGGCAGACCAAGUUGCGCCGACAGACCCCAAGGGUUCAUCAAGCAAUGGAGAAAUUUCAGUCCCAGCUGAUCUUGACACUCUACAGGAUCUUGAAAGAGAACACCUCCUCGAGAGCGCCAUUAUUGCAUACAAGGAAUUACAGAUGGACCACACCACCAACUACCAACCUGAAGUGUCCGGGUAUAAAGUUGGCAAGAUUGAAUCGGUGGGAUCAGACGGCAGUAUUCAGCUGAUCCUUGCCAAACAAUUCUGGAGCCAACCAUCAGCAAUACUCGAUGAAGAGACUGGCGAGAGGAUUUUGGGCAAGUUCAUCCUCCAACCUGAUGAUGCUAAAGACAUCCCAGACGAUGGCAUACGCGACCUCGAUUUCUCUAACAUGAUAGCGCCCAAGCUGGUCAAGGCUUCACUGGUAGAAGCGCAAAAUAGUAGCCACCUUCACGGACUGCGAGGUAGACAUGGAGAAGAUGCUUCUCAGUCGUCCAAAGACGAGCCUUUUGAUGUGGUUCCAGAAAGCGCAGAAGCUAGUGCAAACUCCACCAUGCAGAAGAAGUCAGCUCUCUUACAUGAACAGGUCGAGGUUGCGACACCUCGCAGGGACGAAAUCACAACAAUCAUCAAAGAGGCAGGAUUUGACUCCGCCUUGGAUGACCAACUGCUUCAUCCCAUCCCGAACCCGUCUGACAACGAUUAUCAGAAAGAUGAUAAGUCAGAGCCACCAUCCGAAUCCCAAGGAGUCGUCCCACAUCGCUUCCGCCAUUUGUCUCCUCGGAUCCAACAAAGUGAGACUCAAGAUAUGACUUCUGAGAUUGGACCAAAUGCAGAGGUCUCCGCUCUUACCCCAGGGAAUAACAAGAGUUUUCCAUCCGAGUUAGAUCAAGCAUCUUCAUCAUCGCCUUACAUGCAUACUCAAGAAACGGUCGAAUAUCCGCAUAUCUCACAAAUCGAGAUCAACUCGUCCGAGCAGGUUAAUGAUGCCAAUAGCAGCUCGCAUCAGGAUGCGCAAAGAACAUCCCCUGCUCCACUUGUGGAAAUGUCUUUCACGACCUCUGACCCUGAAAAGGCUUCUAGCCAGCCAGAGAGCUCUGGAAAUAAUCACGAACAAGACGAUGAGAUCGGCGAUCUCUGCCAUGAUUCUCAUCAUCCACCUUUACUAUCGUCAGAAGUGCCUCAACCCCUACCUGAUGACGUGCAAAGUGAGAACGAUCGUCCACAAGAACCUGCACAGCUCGAUUCUUUUUUAGGAGGACUUGGGUACGGUGGUCAGGACUCCUCGUACCACAAUGAUGAACACAGUGAUGGAGACAGCGAUGGUUUGCCUUCGGUAUGGGAGUUAACUUCAAGCCAACCGCAAAAAUCCAGAAAAUCUUCUGUUCUAGUGGAGUUUCCCAUCAAGAAAUCACCACCUCCUGCCAGGGAGUCAUCACGCAGCCUAAGUUUCAAGAGACGCUCGACACCCUCUAACAGUCCUGAUUUUCCAGAUUCCUCCAGCCAACCAGCGAUCAAACUAUCGCAGAGCCAGAAUUUGGCUAGUCUGUCUCAGAUUCCGGUGGGGUCGCAGCUCGUUGAUCUCACGUUUUCGAGCGAAGUAUCAAGUCCCACUAGAGAGGAUCAAGAUGACUCGAGGGCCAACUCAAAAACCCAGGUCAAUGGAAAGAAUAAGCAAAACUCCGAAGUCGCCAAGCGAGGGCCAGGAAUAGGCAAUCGGAGACUCUUGACGAAAAGACGAAGCUAUAUCUGA